AUGCCGUCCGGCGUUGCCCCGUCCUUCACUGGCCAGCCGCCACCCUCGCUCUUGGAGGCGCCUCACAUAAGCGACAAGAGCACCCCGCCAGCGGUGCUCUCUCGGGCCAAUGUCACCAAGAACUCACCGCCGGCGAAUUCUAAUCACAUGAAGCAGAUUGCGCGUGUGAGGCUGAACCCAACGACGCGCGUCGCCUCGAUGCCAAUGUCGUCGGUGCCGCCGUACGCUGGCAUGCCUUCGGGCAAUGGCUUUCGGGCCAGCUUCAUGCCGCGCGCCAUGACAAACACGCCUAUCUCCGCGCCACAGACCCACCGUGACGAUCACCAGGUGGUAAAGGCCGUGCAGGCGGCCUAUGAGAAGACGGAGGCUCACCUCAAGGCGAUCGAGGCUAAGCUGAAUUUCCUGCACGAAGAGAUGCAGCAAACGGCGCCGCCGACGACGUCGCGCGAGGCACCGACAGAGGCGCUGAACAGCAACGCGACAGCCCAGAAUGCGCUCGACUUUCUCGCCCCCAUCGCGACAACCGGUGCCGCAGGCAGCAAGGCCGCGGCGAAUCAUCAUCUGCAGCCGAUUCCGUCUGCAAUGGCGACGUCGCUCCCGCCGGUGCCACUGACACCGGCGUCGAGGUCGACCGAAGUAGCGAGGUCGAAGGCAUCCGCUGUUGCGUCAGCCGUCGUGGAACCCCCCGCCACUGCUGCGGCUGCUGCACCAGCCACCGCGAAAGCUGACGGGCAACGUGACCCGCUACAUCCUCACUUCUUCGACGACGCUGACAUGCUCGACAGCCCCAACGCCAGCAUCGGCAGCGACUCGUCUUCGAGUGACUCCAGCGACGGCAGCAGGGAUGCAGGUCACGCGUUACCGAAUGGUGCGCGGCACAGCUUCGGAAAGCCAGCGCGCCCACCCGCCCAGACGCCAGCUGCGGCUACAGACUGCAAGGAGCCCAGCAACAGGACAGCGACUCCGGUGCGGCAGAGAGUCGACCUCAAGGGUGUCUCGCAUGCGAACGCGCGGUCCUCGGCUGACGCCGCCAGUAAUUGCCGGGGGAUGAGGUUCAGCGAGGGAGGUGAAAGAACGAGGACCGCAAACGCCUUUCCUGCUUCGCUGCCGUCGACCACGCCGCCAGCCGACAGGGGUUCCAUCUGGGGCACCGGAGAGACAGGCGAGGUAGUGGCAGUGGGUCGUGAGUUUCGCCAAUUCUCCAGCCAGGCGAGCACGAUGCCGGAUGCGAAGGCGUGCUUCUUGGUUGGAGCGUCUGGCAACCACGCGUCCGACAACGCCCAGACUGUCGACCGGCUCAGGAGCGUGACGCGCCGCCAAGCUAACGUCGUGAAGCACGUACGAGAGAGCUUCUUCGCGCCAAUCCCACGUUUCGAUGAUGUGCUUCCGCGCAACAAGGCGGGCCUGUUCGACAAGCACGACUUCGAGAAGCUACUGCUACCCGGCGCGCCGUGCUCAUGGCUGUGCUGUGCGUCGCUGGCCAUCAGCUACGUGUCAGGGGUGCCGACGCCCGUGGAGAAGGUGCUGCGUGCAAACCGCAUGGGUGUGCACUACAUUUCCUUGCCUACCAUCACGCUGGCAGAGCUCUUCGACGUUGUGAACGACUACAUCCACAUCUGCUACCACCGCACGGCGGUGCAUAAUGGCAGCUGCACGGAGGACGAGUUCGAGGACGACGAGGAGGCGGCGCGGUGUCUGAGUGAAGACGAAUUAAGGCAGCUGGUGCACAUUCACUGCGAAAUGGCCACCUUCGACAAGGAGGUGCUAGACCCGGAGUCUGGCGAGGACAUGCAGGGCGUGGGCGAGCAUCCGCCCAUCACGAACCCGACGCAGCUUCGCAAGGAGCUGCUGCUGCACCUUGAAGAAGAAAAGUCGAUGUACAUUUUCUACUACAACCCACAUGUGCUGGAGCAGGCCCAGCUGCGGCUGCGCAGCAACCAGUGCGACACCGAGGAGGAGGCGGCCGCGAUCAUGGCGACCGCCCGCUUUUCCGCCAACGCGGCCGGCCUGUUCGGCAUUCUGCUGGACUUUGACCCGGUGGGUCACGAAGUGAAGGUGUUGACACCGUACCUUUCUGCGGAGCAGCAUCCGCUGCACUUCAAAGGCGACGAGGGCGUGGCGAGCGAGGACGAGGAGAUGGGCCACGCGCGGCACAACAUUCGCCGUUUCGCCAGCACCUUUUCGAACCUCGUGAUGGAGGAGCAGCAGGUGAGCCUGCACGCACUCUACGAGUCGGUUCACCCGGCGGACAAGUACUUGCGCCUCUCGCGCGGUUUUGUGCGCGUCUUCAAGAGUGAGUCUUUCCCGCCAAAGGUGCCGUCCAUAUUUCCACUCUUUGUGCUGGACGGCAGCAGCGCCGGCGGCCUCAUGACAAGCGUGCUGGACGUGAAGAUUGCGCCGCACGUGCUGGGCCUCGCCAUGCUGCACCACCUCUCGGUGACCUUCCUCCUGACGGACUCAGCGCGUCGCAGGCAGAGUAGCCACAAUCUGCUUGGCAAGACGAACGUGUGCGAUGUCAAGCUGCGCGGCAUUCCGCUGACGAAGGUGUGCCAGCAGCUGCGGCUGCCGCUGUCCAUGAUCGUGUGUGAAAGCAACAAAGGCUCCAUCGAGACGGCAUACGUGUGGUAUCACGUCUUUCUCCAGCAGCUGCAGAUCGACCAUGAGGUGCGCAUCGGCCUCAUCCUACCUUCCCGUCGCGACGGCGCCGCGGAUGGGCAGCCCAACAUCACCGAUAGUGAGUUUGUCCAUCAUCUGCAGCUCAUGGUCGAGUCGAAGAGCGUGAUGCUCAUCAGCUUCAACAUCGACAUCGCCCUGAACGUGCGCAUCGAUGCCAGGAGUGAUCCGGCGCACUUUGCGAUCGUCAUCGGCGUGGAUGAGGAGCGCGGCUUUGUGCGGCUGGCGGACGUGAACGUGAAGCGGUUCCGCAAGACGUGGCACAUCCCGAUCUCGCGCCUGUACAACGCCGUCAUGGGCUAUGGCUAUAUUGUUGCUUCCAAGAGCAGGAAGAUCAUCAAAUCCCUAAAGGGGCAGCAUUUCCACGAGAACGCGCUUCAGUGUGCGCGCAACUUCCUACCCCCGCCAACUCCGGCGGCGUAUCAGCGAUUCGAGUACCCGUCCUGCCCGUACCCGCUGACCGUGCUGGCUGAUGCCGUAGAACGAUUGGGCUUUGCGGGUACCAACGUGGAGCGCUUUCUCAACUUCUGCGGCUUCCAUAUCUCCUACUUCUUAUCACCGAAUAUGCCGCUCGAGGGGGCCGCGUUUGUGAUCCAGAACUACUCCCACUACGCCCUCGAUGACGCCGUGAGCGUGACGACGACGCACUACGACUUCUACGAGGGGAACCCACCUCCUACAGAGGAGGCUGCUGAGACGGGCGGGACGCCCACAUACCCGGUGCGUUCAGAGGCGGACCUACUGGAGUCGAUUCAGUACGCCAUCGCCGAGCCUGACAAGCGCAAGCUGAUCGUCAAGUACGAUGUGAGUGUUCUGCAGGCGGAUGAGACCGUGUGGAACGGUAACAGUGGCAACAGCUUCGCCUUUGUCAUGGACUACGUGGCGUCGAAGAGGAUGGUAGUGCUCUCUGAUGCGAGCCCGUCCUCCUUCUACCGCUCUUUCGCCUGCCCCUUGGCGGUGCUCUUCAACGCCGUGUGCAGCUGGGACAGUGUCAGCCUCCGUGCACACGGGACAAUUCUGCUGACAACGGAGGUGACGCAGGAGUCGGUGUACGAGGACACGAAGGGCUACGACAUGGCGCACGCCCUCGUGCAUCACCCCUUCAAGCCCAUGUUUUCAGCGGUCUGCUCCUGCCUGGCUCUCGCGUCGACGGAGAUGAUGAUGAACAUCGAGACCCCCAGGCUUCUCGGCGGCGCCCCGAUCAGCUUCGAGGGUGAUAAAAGGAAGUACAAGCGCUACAACAACAUAUUUUCCGCCGAGGAUUUUCUUUACGCCCUGCCCUCCUUCAGCGUGUGUGAAUGGCGUACGCAGGCGGUGGACAUCCAGGACAUCGGCAGCAUGGCCAAUAGUGCGUUCGCGACGCUGAAGCUGCCGCUGCGCGCCGUGGAUGUGCUUCAGGAGCAGGGGUCCGACUCUAGCACUGACCCGAAAGCGCUGCUGCACGCCUGCAGCGGUAUCAGCGGUCUACAGACUAUCACCCUCGUCGCCUACGAUGCGGGGAUGCUGCACGGCGCUCCAGGCUCAUCCGCGGGCCUUGUGAACCGUGUGCGCUGUUUCGACGACGAGAACGAGGAGGCGACGGCGAAGCAGAUAGUGCCAGGCGCGCCGAAGAAAAGUGUGGGCUCCGUGCAGUUGCUGGAGGGCGACCCGUGCCGCUGGGGCGCGUGCUUCGAGCGCUCUGCCGAGGAGCUAAUGCGCGCCAUCAAGGGCAUCUAUCGCGUAGAGGAGGCCAUGUGA